CUUCACUGCUCUUUAAGGGAAGCUCUGUCAUGCUGAGCCGCAGUGCUCGCAUCGCAGACGCAUUGCGCGGUGUCGCCGGUCGACUCGCACAGCAGCCAAGCCACGCUGGACACCAUCAUCAUCAUCGUCAUCCCAAUCACACUGCCCAGCGAGUCCGAUCCAUCCACCAGUGCAGUGCGAUGACCAUGGCCGAGACUACCACGAGGAGGAGCACGGCCGCGAUGCUGCUGUUGAUGCUGCCAGCCCAACCCGCACUCGCAGGCCCUGGCUUCGUGCAGAGGAAUGGCGCUGCAUCAUUCCACACGAGAGCGACGGCGGGCGACGGGCAUGCGGCGGCGGUCGCGCUGGCUCCUGCUGCUCGUCGGGGUGCUGCCAAGACGAAGACGCUUCGACCGGGAGGCCGCCGAUCGCCGCCGCCGCGAGCCGCCAAGCCGAUGCGACGUGGCGCCAAGCACGCACGACUGGGCAAGGAUCGCGGUGGCAUGCAGCGUGGCGGCGGUGGUGGCAAGAUGCAGUCGAGGUUUGCAACCCGCGCUCCACGCGCGCCGUCCGCUAUUGAGCAGAUCGAGGCAGCACACCAGGCACAGCGCGAGAGCCAGGCUGCAAGCAAGGGCAAGAGUGUGUCGCCGCCCGUGCCGUUCCACAAGGCCACUGCGCAGCAAAUCCGUGCUCGCUACGCGGCAUCAUCAGCAUCGGACGACACUCCCGUUAGAACUCGCCGUGACAAAGACAGAACGAUGAAUCGCAAGUCACUUGCGGCACCGCGGUUGACCCGUCGAGAGCGUCAAGCAGCCGCGAGCGCCGAGAACGAGAAUGACAACCUCGAUGAUGAGGAGGAUGCUGAUGCAGACUUGGAGCCAUACAAUCCGAAAAUCCGCAUUGGCAUGCGAUCGCGCUCAACGCGCUCGGGCAAUGCGGUAGCCGCUGCAGCUCGCUCGCCUCAAGCGUCGACGGUGCCAGCGGACAAGGACAAGGAGCUGUCGUACUCGACCUGGAUGACGGUUGAUCUCGACGGCGUUCGGCGAAACAAUGCGCUGCUGGCCAAAAGUCGCGGCCGGAACAAGCCCGUCGAUUGGGACGAGGUCAAUGUGUUUGCAUGGGACCAGGUGGUGGACCUGUACGGCGAGCUUGCUCAACGUCAAAACAAGGCCGCUGCGACCGCCGCACAGAGCGUCGACCUGCUGGGCUCCUUUUACAAGGGUCAAGGCUCUAAAUCGCCCAUCAAGCGCAUGAUCAAGGACGCAAAGUUUGAGCAUUACUUUGCCAAUCUUGCCAUGCCGCAGCAAAAGCGCAUUCGCAACCUCAUUGCUCAGCGAGCUGAGGACGCCGCGAAAGCUGUUGCCGCCGAGUCUGCGCUCCAGCGAGCACCAGCAGUCUCCGUCAACUCCAAAGUGGACGCGAGCGCUUCCCAUGAACGAGGCGACCCAGAAUUGUCCGAAAAUGAUGCUGCUGCUCUCGACCGUCCUUCUUCUGCCGAUGGUCCCAUCUCUGCAGCACAGCGCAAAAAUCUGUAUCGAAGCAAGCAAGGGUUUGUCGACCGAGUCCGCAUUUCCGUCCGCGCCGGAGAUGGUGGAACUGGCCGGCCUGCAGGCACGGGUGGCGCUGGUGGUUCAGUGUACCUUGUUGUCAAGCAAACGGGCUCUCUCGCCAACAUACCCAAGCUCGUCGAGGCUGGGCGCGGUGCCGAUAGUCGCGAGCGUGCACCCCGUGGCCGUGGCGGAGACGACAGCUAUGUGUCUGUUCCACCGGGAACUGUGAUUUCGGAUGGGCGCACUGGCAAGGUCAUGUUCGAUGUCUCGACCAUUGGCGAAAGCUACUUGCUCGCCAAAGGCGGCGCGGGUGGCGGCCAGGACGGCGGACUCCCGCGUGGUGGGAAGGGUGAGCAGCUGCCUUUGAAUCUCGAGCUCAAAAGCAUUGCCGAUGUUGGUCUUGUCGGAUUUCCCAAUGCCGGCAAGUCAACGCUGCUCACAGCCAUUUCAAACGCCACCCCCAAGAUUGCUCCGUAUCCCUUUACCACGCUUCGACCCCAUAUCGGUGUCGUGCAGUACGAUCAGUUCACCAGGAUUGCUGUCGCCGACGUGCCUGGCCUUGUUGAAGGCGCACACCAAAAUGUUGGCAUGGGCCAUCAAUUCCUGAGGCACAUUGAGCGCACUUCAGCCCUCCUGUACGUCGUUGACGUGAAUGGAUUCCAGCUGUCCAUGGAUUCGCCCUUCCGGACCCCCGCAGAGACAUUCCGUCUGCUCUUCGAUGAGCUGUCCGUGUACGGCGGCGGCGGCAUGGAACGACGACCCUUCAUUGUGGUGCUCAACAAGAUGGAUCAGCCCGGUGCAUCGGCAGCUGCCACCAAGUUUUAUGCCGAAUUUUCCGAAGUGUUGCGGCAACUUGUGAGUGAGGGUCGACUCCAGCUUGAUCAACUCCAGCAACUCAUCACGCUGAGUGCCAGCGAGCGCACGGGCGUCGUAGAUUUGCGCAAACACCUCGGCCUCCUUGUUCAGAAGGCACAGGCAAUUCAAGCAGCCGAACUCUCUGACAAGGACCAGCAUCCUUCCACGGGCUCGGACGCGUUGUCGGAAGAUCGCGACUCUGAUGACGAGCUCAGCGGAGAGGACGAGAUUCUCACCGACGACAUUCGACGGCAGAUGGACGAAGCCGACUUGCAUCACCAGCAGCAGAUAGCUUUGGCUUCUUUGAGCUCACGCCGGUAGAAGAAGGGGAUUUUCUUAUACCUGCGCGCGCAGAGGUGCUUUGUAAUUGUAAAAUGUACUUUAUAAAAAAACAGAAGAAACCCG